CAAGGCGACGGCUCUGGCCAGAGCGAGGCGCAUUGACGUCAGCAGCCGAGCGCUGAUUGGCUGCGGCCAGGUCGUUUCCGGUGGAGCCGCCGCGGAGCCGCUAUCGCAGAGUGGAGCUGAGCUGGGAGGGAAACGCUGGAAGAGCUCAGCCGGUCGCAGCCUCGGACCCUAAGCCCCGUGCCCGCCGCCGCCCGUCCCCAGAGCACCAUGGCGUCUGGCAGCACUGAGGAGGAGCGCAGCCUCCGGGAGUGUGAGCUCUAUGUCCAGAAGCACAACAUUCAGGCGCUGCUCAAGGAUUCUAUUGUGCAGCUGUGCACUGCGCGACCCGAGAGACCCAUGGCGUUCCUCAGGGAGUACUUUGAGAGGCUGGAGAAGGAGGAGGCAAAACAGAUUCAGAAUCUGCAGAAAGCAGGCACCCGUGCAGACUCAAGGGAGGAUGAAAUCUCUCCUCCUCCACCCAACCCAGUGGUUAAGGGCCGGAGGCGACGAGGUGCUAUCAGUGCUGAAGUCUACACGGAGGAAGAUGCUGCAUCCUACGUUAGAAAGGUUAUACCAAAAGAUUAUAAGACAAUGGCUGCUUUAGCCAAAGCCAUUGAAAAGAAUGUGCUGUUUUCACAUCUUGAUGAUAAUGAGAGGAGUGAUAUUUUUGAUGCUAUGUUUCCUGUUUCCUUUAUUGCUGGAGAGACUGUCAUUCAGCAAGGUGAUGAAGGAGAUAACUUCUAUGUGAUUGAUCAAGGGGAGAUGGAUGUCUAUGUCAAUAAUGAAUGGGCAACCAGUGUUGGGGAAGGAGGGAGCUUUGGAGAACUUGCUUUGAUUUAUGGAACACCGAGGGCAGCCACUGUCAAGGCAAAGACAAAUGUGAAAUUGUGGGGCAUCGACCGAGACAGCUAUAGAAGAAUCCUUAUGGGAAGCACACUGAGAAAGCGGAAGAUGUAUGAGGAGUUUCUUAGUAAAGUGUCUAUUUUAGAAUCUCUGGACAAGUGGGAACGUCUCACGGUAGCCGAUGCAUUGGAACCGGUCCAGUUUGAAGAUGGGCAGAAGAUUGUGGUGCAGGGAGAACCAGGGGAUGAGUUCUUCAUUAUUUUAGAGGGUUCUGCUGCUGUGCUGCAGCGUCGGUCAGAAAAUGAAGAGUUUGUUGAAGUGGGAAGAUUGGGGCCUUCUGAUUACUUUGGUGAAAUUGCACUACUGAUGAAUCGUCCUCGUGCUGCCACGGUGGUCGCUCGUGGCCCUUUGAAGUGUGUUAAGCUGGACCGACCUAGAUUUGAACGUGUUCUUGGCCCGUGCUCAGAUAUCCUCAAACGAAACAUCCAGCAGUACAACAGUUUCGUGUCACUGUCUGUCUAAAGUCUGCCUCCUGUGCCUCCCCUUUCUCCUCUCCCCAGUCCAUGCUUCACUCAUGCAGACUGCUUUAUUUUCUCUAUUUGCAGCGCCACGUGGCCACUGGCAUCGCAGCUUCUUGUCUGUUUAUAUUAAAAGUUGCUUUUAUUGCACCGUUUUUAAUUUGGAGCAUUAACUAAAUGCUCAUACACAGUUAAAUAAAUAGAAAGAGUUCUCUGGA